UCCUCGGACGCCAACAGGGAGUUUGAUUAAGAAAAUGGCGUCUGUUUGCUCGAUGGUGAUACGUGCGGUGACAAAACAUUGAGAAAAUUUCGCGAAAAAGUGGAAAAUGAGUGCCGCGUUAACCUAAUAUUAGUGUAAAGGAACAAUCGUUUUUUCUUUCAAACAUGACAGCCAACAUGUAUCGUGUCGGAGAUUACGUGUACUUCGAGACGUCGUCGACGUCGCCGUUCCAGAUUCGACGCAUCGAGGAGCUGAACAAGACGGCGUCGGGGAACGUGGAGGCGAAGGUGAUGUGCUUCUACCGCCGAAGAGAUCUUCCGAGCCAGCUGAUCCAGCUCGCCGACAAACACCAAUGUGCCUUAGACGAAUCGAACGGCAGCCCAGUGUCCGAUUCAGGCAGCAGAGGUUGUGAAUCGCUGGACCCAAAGCAGAGGCACCAAAUGAAACACCGUGAGUUGUUCCUAUCGCGUCAGGUCGAGACUCUGCCCGCAACGCACAUUCGGGGCAAGUGUUCAGUAACAUUGUUCAAUGAAACCGAAUCGCUCAAUUCAUACCUGAACAAGGAUGACAUGUUUUUCUACUGCCUGGUGUUCGAUCCGACCCAAAAAACGUUACUAGCGGACAAAGGUGAAAUACGCGUAGGCAGCCGGUACCAGUGUGAUGUGACGCCCCUGUUACGCGAAGGCGAGAAGAGCUCGCGCGAUCUCAGCGAACUCGAGACCCUGGUGUGGACGCCCGAGCACAGCCUGACGGACAGACAGAUCGACCAGUUCCUGGUGGUUUCGCGCUCGGUCGGGACGUUCGCGCGUGCUUUGGACUGCAGUUCCAGCGUGAAGCAGCCGUCGCUCCACAUGUCGGCGGCGGCGGCCAGCCGCGACAUCACCCUGUUCCACGCGAUGGACACGCUCCACCGGCACGGCUACGACCUGGCGAGCGCGCUCUGCUCGCUGGUGCCGUCGAGCGGGCCGGUGCUCUGCCGGGACGAGAUGGAGGAGUGGAGCGCCUCGGAGGCGAACUUGUUCGAGGAGGCGCUCGACAAGUACGGGAAGGACUUCAACGACAUACGCCAGGACUUUCUGCCGUGGAAGACGCUGAAGAACAUCAUCGAGUACUACUACAUGUGGAAGACGACCGACAGGUACGUGCAGCAGAAGAGGGUGAAGGCCGUGGAGGCCGAGUCCAAGUUGAAGCAGGUCUACAUUCCCAACUACAAUAAACCGAAUCCGGCAGCGCUCAACAACAACAAGGGGGUUGUUAAUGGGAACAGCAACGGGAGUUCGGAGCCUGUGGUGUCGCUGGGCGGGAAGUCGUGCGAAUCGUGCAACGUGGCCGUAUCGAACCAGUGGUACGCCUGGGGCCCCUCGCACAUGCAGUGUCGCCUCUGCCACACGUGCUGGCAGUACUGGAAAAAGUACGGCGGCUUGAAGAACCCGACCCGUUUCGGCGACGGCGACUUCGACAACGGCACCAAGAAAAAAUCGGGCAGCGACGUCGACGACGACCGCAUGUCGGCGAUAAUGUCCCACCGCCCCCACCGCUGCAACAUCGGCGGCUGCGGCAAAGAGUUCAAACUGAAAGCCCACUUGGGCAGGCACUACGCCACCGCCCACGGCAUCGUGGUCCGCUCCGGCUCGCCUCGGCCCAUAAUGAAGACCCGCACGGCCUUCUACCUGUUCACGACGCCGCUGACGCGGAUUUCGAGGCGGCUGUGCCGACACAUCAUGAAACCGCGGCACGCGGCUCGGGCGCCAUUUUUCGCCAUCAACAUACAGGCGGUCAAGCAGGAGUGCACGGCCCAGAUGAUUGGCAAGUCGCUCACCGAUCUCAAGCAGUUGCUAGUUUAUAGGAAGAAGAACAGGGGCAGCGUGACGGCGAUCGCCACGAGACUGGGGAACCCCGGGUCGGUGACGCCGCAGUGGCUGAUCCUGACGGAUAAGGAGAAUCUGCCGAAGCCGGAGAAGGUGGCGUUCCCGAAGCCGCCGAUCGGACCCGACGGGAGUUUGCUGUACGAGAGGGUGCCAAACAAGCCCGAGGUGGAUAAGAUUCCGCUGAAUAACAUGUCGCCGUCGUUGAAGCGACGAGCCUACGACGAGAUGAACGGUAUAGACAGCUUCUAUUCUGACUUGGAUUGGGAUGAUGGUUCCGCUCUGAGUGCACCUCCUCCGAAGCGGUUGAGUAAGGACCCGGUCGCGUUGGUGCGCCCUGACCAGUAUCCUUCAAUGAUGCCAUCUUCAAUGGUCCAAGGACAAGUCCUGCCACGUCAUAUAUCCCAAAUAAACGGCAAACCAAAAAUCGCGCACAUGACUCGGACAGGGUCAGGCCGCAAACAGGUCAUAAGUUGGAUGGACGCCCCCGACGAUGUAUAUUUUAGAGCAACCGAAGGUAGCAAGCGAAUGCGAAGGCAAGUCUCUCUCUCAGAUUUGCGAAGAGCAGCUCGUAAACCGUGGAGACAGUUAAAAACGAAAUACGAUGAUCACGCGGUCGUGGUUCUAGAUUGACAAUAGUGUGAUUCGUCACCGAUAAGUGCUCAGUGUGCCCAAAACUAUUUAUUGAACAUCCUUAGCGAACGUUGCUGUAAUUUUCUUUUCUGGGAUGGAACUGUACAUGAAGAGUGUGUUUUUGAUAAGUACAUUAUGUUGUGUAUAUAAUAAUAUUUAUACAGUUAUGUUGUAUCAGUAAUUUAUUACUGCUGCUGGAGGGUGGAAGAUGGACUGUAUAUUGUACAAUUUGUUUACUGGCAAUAAUCCAAAUAUAAAUUAUUGGAAGAAAAUGAGGACUAGUCGUCUGACAGUGGCAAGUGUUGAGUUUCGCAUUAUUGGUCAACCAUGUAUAGAUACCAUUGAAUUUAAAUAUAUGCUACUUGGAUAGGAUCAAUCAAUUAUUCAAGUUGUAAAACGUAGACUAAUUUACAUUUUUUUCAUAAAUAAACAAGCACCUAGAUGA